AUGGUUUUUAUUAUUCUAUGUGGUGCAUUUACGGCUGUUCUCUCAAUGAAAUUAAUUCAAAAUGGUUAUAAUCCAAAAAUUCAAGUGCUCAUUUAUCCAGCUUUACAACUCUUUGAUUUUAUGUUACCAUCAUAUCGUCAACCUUUUUGUCAAAUUGCAAUAGUUAAAAUGAGCGAUGUCAUAUCUUCCUAUUUAAAUACAACUGUUAGUGAUAACGAUCUUUUAAGUAAUAAUCACACGACACCCGAGGUAAAACGAUCAUUAGCCAAAUAUGUACCGUAUGAUUAUAUACCAGCUAAAUAUCGGCAAGGAAUCAAUCCACUUGAACCUGUUUAUGGUGAUGCUGAGAUUUAUUUAAGAGUAAAACUAAUUUUCAGUCCUGAUAUAUCUCCGUUACUAGUUGAAGAUAAGGUAUUAAAAUUGAUGCCAAUAACAUACAUUUUAUCAGUAGGACAUGAUCGCUUCCGAGAUGAAGCAUUUAUUUACGAAAAACGUUUAGAAGUGAAUGGUGUCCAGGUUACUCAUCAUCAUUAUGAACAUUCAUUUCAUGGUGCGUUGCAGAUGUUAAACGGUGUUGCAAGUUUAAAUAUUGCUAAUGAGAUGAUGGAACAGAUUACGGAUUUUCUGCUCAAGAUGGCCUAA